AUGGCUAUAGAGGAUGGCAUUAUCAUUCCAACCAAAAUUAUUGAUGAUGUUAUCUUCGAAAAGAAAGUGAGUGAAUAUACUCACGAAGAGGAAGAUAGAAUGAACAUCGCUGCCAAAGCUGAAAUGGUUCUCACAAGUGCACUUGCUGAAAAAGAAUACAAGCGUGUGAACAAUUGCAAGUCUGCACAAGAAAUGUGGAACAAACUUGUGGUCACCUACGAAGGAACCACCGAUAUUAAAGAUUCUCGAAUGGAUACUCUAAUCAUGGAGUACGAGAAUUUUAAACUCCAAGAAGGAGAAAAUAUCAUCGACAUGGAAACAAGAUUCACUCGUAUUGUCGAUGAGCUUGCUCAACUCGGAAGGAACUACACGCAAAAUGAAAAGAAUCGGCGAGUUCUUAAAUCUCUUCCUCCGAGUUGGAAAGUCAAAGUUACAACAAUCAAAGAGAUGCACAAUCUCAAUGAUUAUCACAACGACAAUCUUUUCGGAAAUCUUCGUGCUUACGAGGAAGACAACGUUCCGGAUAUAGUCGUUCCUAAAGUGGAAGAAAAGAAGAAAAAUAUGGCACUCAAGGCCAUAUUAAUUGAUGAUGAUGAUAACGACGAAGAACUAAACGAGGAACUCAAAAAUCUCGAUGAAAGCGAAAUCGCUUUAUUAACAAGACAACUUCGUCGUGUGCUUCAAAGCAAAGCUCAAAGAUAUGGAAAAGGCUUUCUAAAAUCAAAAAAUCAACAAAGAGUUUUCAACUCAAAUGGAAGGCCAAAUUACUCUCAAAAUUAUACUCCUAACUACAAGAGUAAUUUUCCUACUUCGGGCUACAACAAAGGCAAAGGAAUUCAAAAUUCAAAUUCGAAUUCCUAUAACAAUGCAAACAACAACAACAUCAACAACAAUAACUAUACUCCGCCUAAACCUAAAGAGCAUGUUCAAGAGGAGACACAAGAUGUUUGUUUUGAAUGA